UCUUUCUAUCGCAUCCUUCUUUGUUUGUUUCUUGUUAGCUUGCUUCAGAUAGUUAUGGCCUAUCCUCGAGUUUCUUCCGUUCUUGUGCUGCCAUUGCUGUUUCUAGCAAUUACCAAUGCUGCUCGUGUCUAUGAUGGAGUAACGAUCCUUGCUGAAGGGGUGGAUGCGAUGCACGAUUCAAGAUAUAUGGCUACUAUGGUGGAAAACAAAGUGCUAACAAGCGUCGUGGGUGACACUUACUGUUGCCUCAAGAACGGCUAUGGGUGCAUGCAAAAUUGUGACUCAUCCAAAAACUACUCAUGCUGCCUCAAGAAUGGAUAUGGCUGCAUGUGGAUGUGCGAGAAUGGUGUGGAGCACUACUGCUGUGAGAAGAAUGGCUAUGGCUGCACCAAGAUGUGCCCCAAGUCUACACUCACUUCUGGCAACCUGUAAAAUGGUGUGGAUGUGGAUGUGUAUGCGUGCCGCUAUAGAUCUAUGGCAGCCAGUUCCAAUAAAAACUGAGUGGCUCACUCUCCGAUUUUCUUUUCAGA